AUGGCUAGGCUCGAUACACUUAAUACCCCUCUGACGAUUCUUUCUACCAGUACACCAGUUGGUGGUCUACCACUUGUCACAAUUCUUACAUCUGAUGAAAUAACAGCUACUUUUACUAAGGCAUUAGAGAUGAUAAAAAAAAUGGGUCCAUUAAUGGCAUUUAUUAUGACAGAUGAUUGUAGGGUGGAAAAAUAG